AUGAUCAUCGCCGCCCCUCAACUUCAGGAGAAGUGCCAGGAGAUGCGGACCCACCUAUACUCUACCUUCGUGGAUCUGACGAAAGCCCUCGACACGGUGAAUCGUGGCGGACUGUGGAAGAUUAUGCAGAAAUUUGGCUGCCCAGAGCGACUCACUCAGAUGGUUUGCCAGCUCCACGGUGGCAUGAUGGCGCGCGUCACGGACGACGGAGUUGUCUCAGAGGCAUUAGCAGUGUCCAGCGGAGUGAAGCAGGGAUGCGUCCUGUCACCCACCCUCUUCAGUUUUAUGUUCUCUGCCAUGCUUGACGCUUAA